AAUGAACAAACAAUUAGUCUACACCCAGUGUUUGGAUUAUUUCCUGUCUUGGGGAUUCCUCCACCACGUUUGUCUCUUCCUCUUAAAGUUAACCGGGAUGACAUCUUCGGGAGGAGUGUACGGGAGCAAUUAGCUGAGAUGCUGAGCUUCCCGAGGUCUAUGCUUCAACUACCUCUCAUGGUAAACUUCAUGGAUGAAAUUGGUAUUGACGAGGGUGCUCUAAGUAUGGAUUUUCUCCGGCUUGUGUUUGAGGAACUUGUUGAUCCGGAAAAGAACGAUCUUUUCCGAUAUGUCAACGAUCUCGACAAGACUCACUCGCCUGUCUGGUUUCGGAAGGACUGUGAGGACUCAGAGCUGGCCGAGAUAUGUGGUCUCCUGUUUGCGUUUUCAUUGCACAACAAGGCAAUAGUUCCAUUACCGUUCCCACAACUCCUCUACGCCAAGCUUCUAGGAAAGGGCCCUAACAGUAAUAUGGAGGAAGCAGCAGAGCUCGACAAGGAGUUCGCAGAUCAGAUGUGCGAAUUACGAACUGGAACAGAAGAUUACGUGAUGGAGUGUUGCUAUGGUGGUGAGGUUAAGCUGGAAGAUGGGAGGAGCGUCGAGGUCACGACAGAAAACAUUGAUCUCUACGUGGACAACAGGGUUCGAGAGUACCUGGUUCCGUCACAGUUUGCAGCCUUCAAGCAAGGAUUCAACAGAGUCUUCAAUCCCGCGGCCUUUGAUAUGUUCAGACCUAUCGAGUUAGAAGCGCUUGUCAUCGGAGAGAAAUACUUCGAUUGGAAAGCCCUUGAGCAGUCGACUCAGUAUAUACAACCGUAUAAAGACUCGCACCCAACCAUCAAGAUGUUCUGGAAGGUAUUUCAUGCUCUAGACGAUGACAUGAAAAGAAAGUUUCUUGUAUUUGUCGCGGGGUCUGAUCGCGUCCCGGUCGGUGGACUAGGAAACCUAGGUCUCCACAUCGAUCCCCUCCAGGUACCCAUGGACGAUUCCGUGGACGAGCAACCGUGCGACAACGAAGACAGACUCACCCUGCUGAUGCCAGAGGGCCAUGGUUGCGAUAACCAUGGCUACCGCCGUACCUUGCGGCUGCCUAUGUAUACCAGCCUUGAACUCAUGGAAGAUCGUUUGACCGUCGCCCUGUCUUAUUACGACUGCCCAUUUCAUAUCUCUUAA